UUAGAUCAUUUCUCUCUAAGUCUCUUCUCUUUCUUUGUACGAAGUACGAACAAAUAUACAUACUGGGAGGAGGUUGCUGUUGAAUCGUUGAUGGAUCUCUCACUCUCUUCGUCGUCUUUAAUUCCAAUCUCAACCCCCUUCAAAUCCCGCACUUUCACGCACUACCCAAAUCCCCCCAGCUUCAAUUCCAAAUCCAGAAACUUUCAAAGCAAGCCGCUGAUUUCGCACCAAAACCGUCCAUUCAGAGCUCAAUCCUCCAACGGAACCACCCCCAAUGACGGUUUUGUCCUCGAAGACGUCCCUCACUUGACCGAUUUCCUCCCCGCCUUGCCGUCGUAUCCGAAUCCACUGCAAAGCAGCAAAGCCUACGCGAUUGUCAGGGAAACUUUUGUGAGACCUGAAGAUGUGGUUGCGCAGAAAAUUGUUGUUCAAAGAGAUAGUCCGAGAGGAAUACAUUUUCGGCGUGCAGGGCCUCAAGAAAAGGUUUAUUUCAAGUCGGAUGAAGCGCGUGCCUGCAUAGUGACAUGUGGGGGUUUAUGCCCAGGGAUCAAUACGGUGAUUCGAGAGAUUGUAUGCGGGUUGAACAGCAUGUAUGGCGUCGAGGACAUACUUGGAAUCCAGGGAGGAUAUCGAGGCUUUUAUUCUAAGAAUACCAUCAAAUUGACACCUAAAGUUGUCAAUGAUAUUCAUAAACGUGGUGGCACCUUUCUUCGCACUUCACGAGGAGGUCAUGAUACCAGUAAGAUAGUUGAUAACAUUCAGGACCGGGGAAUAAAUCAGGUGUACAUUAUUGGAGGAGAUGGUACCCAAAAAGGAGCAGCUCUGAUUUCCAAGGAAGUUGAGAAGCGUGGUCUUCAAGUGUCAGUUGCUGGGAUUCCCAAGACAAUUGAUAAUGAUAUUGCUGUCAUAGACAAAUCUUUUGGUUUUGAUACUGCUGUUGAAGAAGCUCAAAGGGCUAUUAAUGCUGCACAUGUGGAGGUUGAAAGUGUGGAAAACGGAGUUGGAAUUGUUAAACUCAUGGGCAGAUACAGUGGUUUCAUUGCCAUGUAUGCAACUUUAGCAAGUCGAGACGUGGAUUGUUGCUUGAUUCCAGAGUCUCCAUUCUAUUUGGAAGGCCGCGGUGGGCUUUUUGAAUUUGUUGAAGAGAGACUUAAAGAAAAUGGACAUAUGGUUAUUGUGUUAGCAGAAGGAGCAGGGCAGGAUUAUGUUUCUCAGGACUCGCAUCCGGUUGAUGAGAAAGAUGCAUCGGGAAACAGGCUCCUACUAGAUGUUGGUCUAUGGUUAUCUCAUAAGAUCAAGGAACAUUUUACAGAUGUUAAGAAGAUGGCGAUAAAUAUGAAGUAUAUAGAUCCAACAUACAUGAUUCGAGCUAUUCCAAGCAAUGCAUCAGACAAUGUCUACUGUACCCUUCUUGCUCAUAGUGCUGUUCAUGGGGCCAUGGCUGGAUACACUGGUUUCACCGUUGGACCUGUGAACAGCAGACAUGCAUAUAUUCCAAUUUCUCAUGUGACUGAGACACAAAACACAGUGAAGCUGACAGAUAGAAUGUGGGCUAGACUUCUGGCUUCAACAAAUCAACCUAGUUUCUUGAACCGUGAUGAGGUGAUCCCAGAAAAAGUUGAUCAAGAACUAUCGAAGGCAUGAAGAUUACAUCAAUCUAGAUAUUACGGAUGGCACCAUUUCUUGGUUCUUACAUUUGUGGUCAGAGCUCCUGAUCUUGCAAUUCUGAAAGGUUCUCUGGUUGCUCUCCUUACAUGGAAUAUCUUUUGAGUACACAAGGUGGCUCAAAGUCAAGGUAUGAGAUAUUAUGACUUGGCUGCUGUCAUCUUAAGUUUGAGUAUUCCAAGAUAAUUUGAUUAUAAAUGAUUUUAUUGGAAGAUUUCUUAGAUUCAAAGGAUAUCUCAAUGUAUUCUCCAACAAUGGCUCAUCUCAAUUAUUUUGAAAUCUAAUAUAAAAUCUCUAUUAAAUCUUA